AUGAAUUUUGGGAGUAAAAAACAAAAAGAAAAAGUAGGUAAAGAAACAAAAAAAAUUAGAAAAAUUUUGAAAAUAUCAAAUAUUAAAAUUGAUGAGAUAGAAAAUGUAAACCUUAGUGAGAAUAAAAAAAUUGUAAAUGAAAAAAAUAAAGUAGAUUAUAAAGUUUAUGAUUUAAAAAUACAAGACAUUAUUAGAAAUUUUGAGAAUAAAAUAAGAAAAAUUUUUAGUAAUUGUUUAAACAUUGAAACUUUUAACAAUAUACCUAUUACAAAAGAUAAAAAAAAUUUCAAAUUAUCUGAUUUAGCUCAAGUAGUUAUUAAAUCAUCAAAUUUAAUUUAUUUCUAUCCCUAUAUGAUUAGUGACAUACAAAAAAUAAUUCAUAAUUUAAAGUUAAAAGAUAAUUCUUGGAAUCCUACUACAUCCGAUGAUAGUCAGUACAUUUUAUUACAAAUACCUCCUUUAACCAAUGAAGUAAAAUUAAAAAAAAAAAAAGAAGCAAAAGAUUUAUUAGAAAAAAUAAAAACUGAUAUAAGAAAUAUACGAUACAAAAUUCGUGAUGAUAUAAUAAAAAAUAUGGAAGGAGAAGAAUGGAAAGUUGUAGAGAAAAAUAAGUUAGAUAAUUAUAUAAAAACAAAAAUUAAAAAUAUUGAAAGUAUUUAUGAAAACUCUAUAAAAAAUUAUUAA